CUCGCAUCAUCGCUCCCACUCCUGGUUUUUGGCGCUCUUGGACCCAUCAUCCGCCGCAAAUGUCCGGAAGGCUUCGUCUUGACGGAAUGGACGCGCCAGCGGUAUGGCGCAGUUGCAGGUAUCUUCCUGAGUAUCUGUACGCUGAUUACCAUGUUUCUAUACAUGGUUGCUGAGCUCUCUGCUCUUCAGCAAAUCGUCACCCUGCUCACUGGCCUAAACGGUCUUCCUGUGGUGAUUGUCGAGUGCGCAGUAACUACGAUCUAUACCUCACUCGGUGGAUUCAAGGUCUCCUUCGUGACAGACAACAUCCAAGGAGUCAUGGUAGUUGGUCUUAUCAUCCUCGGGGUUAUUGCUGUCGGUGUGGAGACAGAUAUCCAACGCCCGCUCAUCGAGGAGUCCGGAUACCUUAACUCGUCCCUGCUUGGAUGGCAAUUGCUGUACAUCCUCCCCGUCGCUAUCCUGACUAACGAUUUCUUCCUCUCUGGAUUCUGGAUGCGCACCUUCGCCUCACGCUCAGACAAGGACCUGUGGAUUGGAGUUUCGCUCGCCUCAGUUGGUGUGCUCAUCAUUUUGACCCUCGUUGGUCUUGCAGGUCUGCUGGCUGCAUGGAGCGGCGCAUGGGACAUGGCCGACACUGAGUCAGGAUCGCUCUCGCUAUUCAUCCUGCUUUCGCAGCUUCCCAAUUGGGUCGUCGGUGUGGUGCUUGUUAUGACCAUGUCGCUUUCGACAGCAGCAUUCGACUCUUUCCAGAGCGCCAUGAUUUCCACUGGCUCCAACGACUUCUUCCGCAACAAACUCAACAUCUGGAUCAUUCGCGCGUGUGUCGUGGCCAUCAUCUUCCCCGUUGUCGUCGUCGCCCUGCGCAGCCCAGAUAUUCUGCAGAUUUUCUUGAUCAGCGAUCUUGUCAGCGCCGCAGUCGUGCCCUGUCUGGUCAUUGGGCUGAACUCGAGAUUUUACUGGUACCGCGGCUUCGACUUCGUCAUUGGUGGCCUGGGCGGCAUCUUCUCUGUGUACCUCUUCGGCCUCGUCUACUAUAACGGCGACAACUCGCUCGCCAGCCGCCUUCUCCUGCUCGAGGGAGGUCUAUACGCAAACGACUGGAGCGCGUUCGGCGCCUUCGUUGCCGCGCCUUUUGGAGGUCUCCUCUGGGCCUUCGGUGCGUGCGCGCUCCGUCUCUCUGCGCUGUGGGCCUGGGCCAGGAUCAAGGGCCACCGCUUCGACGCACUGGAUCGCCCAAUGCCACUCCAGACGAGCCGCCCUGGCGCAUUUGACGCUGACGAACAGGCUACUGUGCUCGAGCACACGGUCGAGACGAGCAAGAGCGGAAAGUUCUUUUGA